GAUCCGACUUUUAACCCCGUAAGAAAAUCAGAAGACCUCCAGUCUGGUCUUGAAAACAUUGCCCACACCCUCACACCCCACAGGACAUCGCUUUUAGCAAUUACGUGUUGUAAGAUUUUAUUUGAGUUGAUAAAGCUUGACCACAAGAAGCCCCCUUUUUGGCAAAGAAGAGUAGAAGGAAGAUGGGAGACGAAAAGGUGAAAAACGAGGCGAUGGAGAUCAUGGGAUUAUUUCAAGUGUUACCUCGUUUAGUCGUCUUCGAUCUCGAUUACACUCUCUGGCCCUUCUACUGUGAAUGUCGAUCCAAGCGCGAGACGCCAUCGAUGUAUCCUCAUGCUAAAGGGAUUUUGUAUGCACUCAAAGACAAGGGAGUUGAUAUGGCUAUUGCCUCCAGAUCACCAACCAGAGACAUAGCCGAGGCUUUCAUCGACAAGUUGGACAUAAAGCCCUUGUUUGUAGCCCAGGAGAUCUUUUCCAGCUGGAGUCAUAAAACAGAACAUUUCAAGAAAAUCCAACAAAAGACUCGUGUGCCAUAUCAAUCAAUGCUCUUCUUCGAUGAUGAGGAUCGUAAUAUAGAAUCGGUUUCUAAAAUGGGGGUGACAAGCAUUUUGGUGAACAAUGGGGUUACUCUUGGCGCCUUCAAGCAAGGGCUUACACAGUUCUCUAAAGGCCCAAGUUCAUCGAAGAAGGACAAGAAAAGGUGAAAAAACAUUUGCAUGUUGCAUUGAAAGGUGAAAAGAACACUUGCAUGUUGGAUCUACAUUAUUGCUGGUAAUUUGAACCAAAUCUGGUCAUUGAAAGUUGUAUGAUAUAAAACCAUUUAUGAAAAUUGUUUAAAGAGAUUUCAGAUGUUUUGCUGAUU